UUAUGUUAUGUGAAUUUGAAAUGUCAAGUGAAAUUGUAGCCAACCUUGAAGUUCCCUUCCAAAGGGUCAUUCGUAAAAAAAGGAAAUCGAAAUUUAAAUCUCGCUCCAACAAAUUGGAAAUAGCUGAACCUCUCACCGAGGAGGAAAAAUCUAAAGCAAUUAGACGUAUACAUCAAGCCAAAGAGGAAAUUAUAAAAUCGGAUAUAUUCAGAUCAAUUACAGUAGCUCUUCAGAAAGGAUUAAAAAUUUUAGAAAAAACUUCAGUAAUAGAAAUAAUUUGUUUAGGUUUGGGCAAAGUUGGUUGAGUUAAAAAUGGCUGGAGUGUCGACAAUAAGAAAUGUAAUUUCUGAACUAAGACACGUAAUCCCCAAGGAGAAUAUGAAGAAUAGCCUAGCUCUUCAGUAUAUUCUCAGUGAAUACAGAAAAUACAGGACUACCGAUCAGCAGCUAUGUAGAGCAAGAGAAGAAAUGAAAUUUAUGGCCGAGACAUAUCUAUGUUACCUGAAAAGUUCAAGAUUAUGCAAUGAAAUUCACGAAAAUUUUCAUGGAAAAGGUGAACGAACUGUUCAUGAAACAGCAAAGAUGGUUGGAUUCAAGUUACCGCAUGAUCCAAAGUGAUGCAUCGUUGAUUAUUUGAUUAGUGGUACUGUACAUUGAAAUGAUUUGUUAGUAAAAAAUGUUAGUUAAUGA